AUGUGGAAAAAGAAAAUCCAUCGGGGUGAGAGACCCCAGAGAUGUCCUGACUGCAGGAGACGGUUUAGAGACAGCUUGGAUCUGGUCCAACGGUGAUACCAUCACACAGACACCAUGUCCUACACCUGCCCUGACUGCGGGAAAGGUUUUAGCAGGAGAUGGAAUAUUAUCUAGCAUCAACGAAUUCAUACUGGUGAGAAACCCUUUAAAUGUUCUGAGUGUGGGAAGGGGUUUUACCAUAGUUCCAAUUUAUCAAAGCAUCACCGCAUCCACACGGGAGAGAAACCCUAUAAGUGUCUGGAGUGUGGGAAGGAGUUUACCCAGAGUUCCCAUUUAUCACAACAUCACCGCAUCCACACAGGAGAGAAACCCUAUAAAUGUUUGGAGUGUGGGAAAGAGUUUACCCAUAGUUCCAGCUUAUCAGAGCAUCAUCGCAUCCAUAGAGGAGAGAAACCCUAUAAGUGUCUGGAGUGUGGGAAGGAGUUUACCCAGAGUUCCAGUUUAUCAAAGCAUCACCGCAUCCACACGGGAGAGAAGCCCUAUAAAUGUUUGGAGUGUGGGAAGGAGUUUACCCAGAGUUCCCAUUUAUCAGAACAUCACCGCAUCCACACGGGAGAGAAACCCUAUUGUUGCCUUCGGAGAAGGCGAGGCGACCUGGUUCAAGAACAACUCAGCAACCAACCUCAGGUUGCUUGGACCAUCAGCUCACAGACAUCAAUAUGA